CACGCAGAUAAGAGUGUGCUUAAGUGUGUGUGAACAGUGAUUGGUGUGGGGAUGCAUAUAAACAGCUCGGAGACAGGAGCCGGGUGUGUGAGAGCCAGCAGAGUCUACUGCGGAGAGAGCGAGAGAGAGAAAGCCUGAGAGAGAAUUGCUUCACGAGAGGAUCGUCAGCUCCAGUGGAAUACGGAGGCUGGAAACAGAGACGCGCAGCGUCAGCAUUGAACUGUGAUAUACUUUUGUUAAUAAAACGUACUUCUUCUCUCCAGUAGACAACCUGACCCCGAUCUCUUCCUUCUCACCUACACGAACAUUGUUACAGUGGUGUCGAAACCCGGGAGAAGGAAGUAGGAAGCCGUGGCCAGAUGCAAGCUCCGCCGGCAACCCCGUUUGCGGACGUCAUCUCGUCCCUCGCGGUCCUCCACCGCGAGCAACACCAGGCGCUUCUGCAGCUGAGGGCAGACCAGGAGGCCCUCUUCCAGGCUAUCCUCCAGGCCCAGAAAGAGGACCGCGAGGCGUUCCGGAGCUGGGUGGACCGGGAGGUUCAGGCUGGGGGCCGUACGGAAGCGGCAUCGGGUUCCCACCUGUGGCUGACAAAGAUGGGACCCCAGGAUGAGCCGGAGGCGUUCCUCGGCCUUUUUGAGAAAGCUGCUGAGUCCAGCGGUUGGCCGAGGGACAGGUGGGCAAUCCGGCUCCUUCCCCUCUUGUCCGGAGAGUCACAGGUGGCGGCGCAACAGAUGCCCCCAGAGAGCCUCCUGGUUUACGAUGAGCUGAGGAGGGCCAUUCUACAGCGGGUCGGCCGGAGCCCAGAGGAGCAUCGCCAGCGUUUCCGGACGCUGGGCUUGGCAGAAACCGGCCGAACCCUUCGCCCUCGCUCAGCAGCUCUGGGACUCGUGCCGCAGAUGGCUGAGGGUCGAGCAAGGCGAUGUGGAGAAGAUCGUCGACCGGGUGGUGCUGGAGCAGUUUGCCACCCGUCUUCCCCGGCAGACAGCUGCGUGGGUCCAGUGCCACCGGCCGUCGUCGCUGGACUCGGCCAUCCAGCUGGCGGAGGACCACUUGGUCACGUGCCCCGGGGUCGGGGAGGCAAUUCCAUCGGCCUCGCUCUCACACACCCCUACACCUCCUCCAAGUCGACCAGUGCCGGCUCCUCGAGCCCGGCCACCGGGUCCACCGCGGUUCCCGCCUCGGGGGCGAGGCGGGACUGUUCCUCGGCCCGAUGAUGGGUCCAGCGGGAUGCAGGGACGCACCGGUGGAUCGGCGCUGGAGGAACACCACCCCAUGUCUCCGUCCUCCCCACACCAAGCACCGCCCCCAUUUUCUGCCGCCCGGGCGGCGGGUAGGUCUGGGCCGGCCUGUUGGCGCUGCGGGGAUCCGGACCAUUUUCUCGACCGAUGUCCCAUGAUGGAUGUGGGGUUAAUGGUUCGGGUCCCGGACGCGCCUCAGGCUGCCCCCGGUCAGGCUGGCGAGUACCAGAUACCAGUGAGUAUUGGGGGGGUACCUAUCGGGCUCUGGUGGAUUCCGGUUGCAACCAGACCUCGAUCCACCAAAGCCUGAUUCGAUCCGUGGCAUGGGAUAAAGGCCGCGCGGUUAAGGUACGGUGUGUGCACGGGGAUGUGGUUCAAUAUCCCCUCAUGUCGAUGCUGAUAAAAUUUAAAGGGAAAAAGCAUAGAGUUGAGGUGGCCGUUAAUCCGCACCUCCGACAUCCGUUAAUUCUAGGGACGAAUUGGCCUGCUUUUCCAGAAUUAUUAAGGGUUUUAUGCACGGAUGUUGCUUGGGGAAAGGGAAACCGGGGAAGGCGAGGGCUCGUGCAGGCGGGCAGUACAGAACCCGGCUCGCAGGGGUCUGGCUCCGGGGGAGGAGAAAGCGGGAUCGAGAGGCUGAUCCUCUCGGACCGCGAUGACUUUCCCCUGGAGCAGGCCCAGGACGAGACCUUAAAACGGGCUUUUGAGCAUGUCUCGUCCAUUGACGGGCAGCCGGUGCAGCCUGCCCGACCUCUCGCCUACCCCUAUUUUGCACUUCGGAACAAUCGGUUAUAUCGAGUGGCCCAAGACGCUCAGACCAAAGAGGAUAUAACCCAAUUAUUAGUUCCAAAGAGCCGCCGGGAAAUGCUUUUUCAGGCGGCUCAUUGUAAUCCAAUGGCAGGACAUCUGGGGCAAACUAACACAUUAAAUCGUCUCAUGGCCCGGUUUUUUUGGCCGGGCAUUCACGACAAUGUGCGCAGGUGGUGCGCGUCUUGCCGUGAAUGUCAGUUGGUGAAUCCACCGGCCACACCAAAAGCGCCAUUGCGCCCUCUUCCGUUGAUGCAGGUCCCCUUCGAACGAAUUGGGAUGGACCUCAUCGGGCCAUUAGAACGAUCAGCACGGGGACAUCGGUUUGCUUUAGUCAUAGUGGACUAUGCAACCCGAUAUCCCGAGGCAGUAGCCUUGCGCAACAUUUCGGCAAAGUGUGUUGCGGAGGCUCUGUUUCGUAUCAUCUCCCGGGUGGGGAUCCCCCGCGAGGUCCUCACGGAUCAAGGCACGGCGUUCAUGUCACGCACACUGCGCGAGCUAUACGAAUUAUUGGGCAUUAAAUCGAUCCGGACCAGCGUCUUUCACCCACAAACAGACGGCCUGGUGGAGCGGUUUAAUCGCACAUUAAAGACCAUGAUUCGUAAGUUCGUACACGAGGACGCCAAAAAUUGGGAUAAGUGGUUGGAACCCCUAUUGUUCGCGGUACGGGAGGUCCCGCAAGCCUCCACAGGGUUUUCCCCAUUUGAGCUUCUUUACGGGCGGCAACCUCGAGGGGUGCUGGACGUAUUGAAGGAAACCUGGGAGGACGGGCCGUCCACGAGCAAAAAUGAAAUUCAGUAUGUCAUGGACCUGAGAACAAAACUCCAUACACUGGGGCGGCUAUCUAUGGAGAAUUUGUUACAGGCCCAGGACAAGCAAAGCCGCGGGUAUAAUAGGGGAACCAACUUGCGAAAAUUCACUCCGGGAGAGAAGGUACUUGUAUUACUCCCUACUUCCAGUUCAAAAUUACUUGCAAAGUGGCAAGGACCCUUUGAGGUUACACGGCAGGUAGGGGAUCUCGAUUAUGAGGUCGUACGAACAGACAGGCGGGGAGCACGGCAAAUUUACCACCUCAACCUCCUUAAAAAAUGGAGUGAGGAGGAGUCCGUGAUGUUGGCGACGGUGGUAACGGGAGAGGAUGAUCUCGGGCCGGAGGCGAAUGUUAAACAUCAAUCCCUCGCCCUGGCCCCGGGGGGAGAUCACCUCUCACCCUCGCAGCUCACGGAUGUGGCCCGCCUGCAGGCGGAAUUUGCGGAUGUGUUCUCCCCCCUGCCUGGUCGCACGAACCUUAUUCAGCACCACAUUGAGACCGAGCCGGGGAUAGUGGUACGAAGUAGACCCUACCGGUUACCUGAACACAAGAAAAAGGUGGUUCAGGGGGAAUUAGACGCGAUGUUGAAGUUGGGGGUAAUAGAAGAGUCUAACAGUGACUGGGCGAGCCCGAUAGUUUUAGUCCCUAAAACGGACGGCUCGAUACGGUUCUGUGUAGACUAUCGCAAGGUGAAUGCCGUGUCGAAAUUUGACGCGUAUCCCAUGCCGAGGAUUGACGAGUUGUUAGAUCGGCUAGGCACCGCUCGUUUUUUUUCGACGCUGGAUUUGACGAAGGGAUAUUGGCAGAUCCCUCUUUCCCCAGUGUCUAAAGAGAAGACAGCCUUUACCACGCCGUUCGGAUUGCACCAAUUUGUCACCCUUCCGUUCGGCUUGUUCGGAGCUCCGGCCACCUUCCAGCGCCUCAUGGACCGCAUCCUCCGGCCACAUGCAACAUAUGCGGCUGCCUAUCUGGAUGAUAUUAUCAUCUACAGCAAUGAUUGGCAGCGGCAUAUGGAGCACCUGAGGGCGGUCCUGGGGACGCUGAGGGAGACCGGGCUCACGGCCAACCCGAAGAAGUGUGCGGUUGGGCGGGUGGAGGUCAGGUAUCUGGGCUUCCACUUGGGUCAUGGGCAGGUGCGUCCCCAAAUUAACAAGACGGCAGCGGUUGCGACCUGCCCGAGGCCUAAGACCAAAAAGGAGGUGAGACAGUUUCUGGGGCUGGCGGGAUAUUACAGGAGGUUUGUGCCCAAUUAUUCGGAGCUUGCCAGCCCGCUGACUGAUCUCACUAAAAAGGAGGCACCAGAUCCGGUCCAGUGGACGGAGCGGUGCCAGCAGGCUUUUACCCAAGUUAAGGCUGCCCUGUGCGGCGGGCCGCUCUUACACUCGCCUAAUUUUUCUCUUCCUUUUUUUCUGCAGACCGACGCGUCGGACAGAGGGCUGGGAGCUGUCCUGUCCCAGGAGAUGGGGGGAGAGGAGCGGCCGGUGCUGUAUAUUAGCCGCAAGCUCUCAAAGAGGGAGGCUAAGUACAGCACCAUCGAGAAAGAGUGUCUGGCGAUCCGGUGGGCUGUUCUCACCCUCCGGUAUUAUCUCCUGGGGCGGGAAUUCACCCUCUGGUCGGAUCACGCGCCCCUCCAAUGGCUCCACCGCAUGAAAGAUACCAACACGCGGAUCACCCGUUGGUAUCUGGCUUUACAGCCAUUUAAAUUUAAGGUGAUCCACAGGCCGGGGGCACAGAUGGCUGUGGCCGACUUCCUCUCCAGGCGAAGGGGGAGGGGGGAGGCUGCAGGCCGGAGGGCUCCCCGGCCUGAGUCGGGCGGUGGGGGUAUGUGGCAAGGGGUGUGUGAUUUAGCAAGGUCUGCAGCGGGAGAGAAGGCUGAAAGAAGAGUGGUGAGUAAAUGGGGUGCGAAGUGCAAAUGAUGAUCAGCUGUCCUCUAUUCCAGUGAUUGGUGUGGGGAUGCAUAUAAACAGCUCGGAGACAGGAGCCGGGUGUGUGAGAGCCAGCAGAGUCUACUGCGGAGAGAGCGAGAGAGAGACAGCCUGAGAGAGAAAGCCUGAGAGAGAAUUGCUUCACGAGAGGAUCGUCAGCUCCAGUGGAAUACGGAGGCUGGAAACAGAGACGCGCAGCGUCAGCAUUGAACUGUGAUAUACUUUUGUUAAUAAAACGUACUUCUUCUCUCCAGUAGACAACCUGACCCCGAUCUCUUCCUUCUCACCUACACGAACAUUGUUACACACGCAUUCAUGUAUUUAUGUCCUGCAAAGCAAAACUCAGCAAAAUGUAACAUUUUUACUUUGACCUUAACCCUUUCAUGCAUAAAUGAUAACAGCCUCAACCUAAGGAUUCUUUAUGUGUUUUAUUGCCCAUAGGGGCAUGUAAAACAUAAUUCGAACUCUUUUUACAUGUAUUUUCCGCAUGCAGUGGCUUGUCAGUGAGGUGACAGUGUAUAGGAUAAUGCACUAGUGUCCCCCUGCAGUAAUUCAAAGUGAAUGAAUCACGCAAACUGCCAUGAUACUGAUUUACUUCUUCACAGCGUUUAUCUAGAUGUCCAUGAUGACACACAUGAACUAGUCUAUGGUUUCGUAACCCUGACCAAUGUUGGAUUAUGAUGAUUUUACAGCAUCGGUAGGUGUGUCCUGAUUGAGAAGCUCCUCCCUCUUCAUACGUCUCUUCUCAUAGUCUUAUAGCUCUUCUCUGUUCUCCUUCAACCUCCAACCUGCUCGCAUCACACGUGACAUCAUGCUGAUAAUCUUCAUUUUCAUCAUCACUCUAUCCUGUGUGAGUGGAGUUACUGUAGUGACCCAGAAUCCUCCAGAACGCCCAGCGAAUAAAGGAGAAAAAGUCACAAUGAGCUGUAAUCUGGGAUCAGUUGAUUCUGCUCUAAUAUUUUGAUCAUUUAUUUUGCUUUUGUUAUGUUGAAAAUUUAAUUCACCAUAUAAACCAUGAGAAUACUGCUAAACGUAUGCAAUAUCAAGUUCAUAAAAAUGUACAGGUGGUGGAGAUAAAACAUUUUUUAAUUGACUGUAAAUUUUAAUGUUGAAUAAAGGACACAAGGUAUGGGCACAUCAUACAUGAACUACAUGUUACACUCUUUAAAAUAAAGGUGCUUAAAAGGUUCUUCACAGCGAUGCCAUUAGUCAAAGGUUCUUUAAAUAAAGAAUCAUCUCUUUCUCUCUUUCUUACCUUUUUAUACUCUGAAGAACCUUUUUUCGCCACAAAGAACCUUUUGUCAAACAGAGAGGUGCUUUAGAUGUUAAAGGCUCUUUAUGGAACCAAAAGAUUCUUCUUUGAAGCAGACUGUGUACAGUAAAUGUCAAACUUAAAUGUCAAUUUAAUUUACAUGUAUUUAUUAAGCAAACAAUUGUUCUUUAAUUCCUUAAUAAAUUCAUUGUUUAUAGCUGUAUUCUGUAUAUUUAUCCAAAGCUAUUCACAAUUAAAGAAAGCAUUUAACAUUUUGUCCAUGAGCUACUAACAAUAAUUGUUUACCAGGUCAUGUUUAUGUCAAGUAGGAUAUAGUGAUGUGUAUGGUGAUGUACAUUUUAUGAACUUAUUUGGACUUCUUGUUAAAAGCACUAUAUUUAAAAUGCAAUAUUUAACAUUUAUUGUUGAUGUUUUUCAUGACUUGUCUAUCUUGUAGAUGCAGGUGUUUCUCGUCCUGUUGUGAACAUUCUGCCUUCAUCCAGUGAAGAUGUGAGCUCCAGUGAAGUGACUCUGGUGUGUCUGAUCAAUG